AUGGAACGCGUCGACACUUUACGGCUUGUUCUUAUUUACAUCGUUCUGUCGGCAAUCACGAAUUUUCCUUCUGGCUUCACAAACUCUUCAGUAAACACAGCCGUUGAAGAAUUAAGCAGGUUUAGACAGAUGUAGGAUUGAAUCCGAGCUAGUUAUGUUUAUUUAUAGUUUCAUUGAAACAUCUCUAAGAAAACGCGGUUAUCCUCACGAUGAAAGUACGGUUACCAUCGUUCAGGUUUGAUCUUUCGAACAGAGGUUGUAGAAAAAGUUGUUCUUUCAGUCAGCAACUUUGAAUUCUUGGUUCAUUGCACAAGUCUUCGGCUCAGUUUUCACACCACUCGUCACAGAUACCUACGGAAGAAAAAGUUCAAUUUUAAGGGACGAUUAUGAGAAAGAAAUAAUUUUACAGUAGCCUAUAUAUGUUGUCAAGUGGUGACGAUUCUCGCCACACUAGUCCAAUAUAUUUCCGUGUGUUUUGGACUACCUGAAUGGCUUAUAAUUGGACGGUCAUUGACCGCCUUGGUUUCUCCACUGGGAGAUGCGUGUCUCCUUCUUUAUCUUCAGGUUUCUUGAACUGCUCCAGUAGAAAAGGAAAAAAUAUUAAAUGUUGUUGAGGUUUUUUGGUUAUUUCUGGAGUAACGUUAAAGAAAAGUUGGAAAAAUAUUCAAGUUUUUUUCUCUAGGAAACCUCACCGGUCAAUAUAAGGGGAAUGUCUUCAUUCUUGUGCGAAAUCGGCUACGGCUGCAUGUCCGUCCUUGGAAUGGUGAAUAUUUAUGAUCCAGUCAUAAUAUCUUUCUUGGUCUUUUAAAAGCGCAGCAUUCAAACGAAACCGAAAAAGUCGGCUUUUCUAACUGAAAAAUCUCUUUGAAGUUUUCUGAAAUGCACAAAAUCCUACCAAAAUAUUCAAAUUUGCAGGUACUUGGAAUGCGAUCCGUGCUUGGCGCUUCUUUGCCGAAACUUCUGCUAGUUUCUUUGAUUCCUGAAAUUUUCUCUCUUUUCAUCUUGUUUUUCAUUCCUGAGACGCCGAAAUAUCUUCUAUUGAUGAAGUUUGUGAUUUUGACUCGAAACUAUUUGAAAACAAGAAAUUAUGGAGAAAAGCAAUAUAGUAAAUAGUUUUCCAAAUUUGGCAUACCUGUUCUUUUUAAAUUGGAAAGAAAAAAAUAGCUAGAAUUUACAUUUUGUGAAAAAAAGAUCAAAAAAAUGCCUGAAGGGGCAGUAAUUUUUGCAUAACCGGAAAAAUAAAUCAUUAAUUUCGGAAUUUUUUUCUGGAGCUUUUUAAGACUUUUUUUGACUUUAAUCAGUCUAGAGAGAUUUCAAUUAUAUUUUCAUGUUUUAAAGGUUUUUUUGAUGGAAUUUAGGGUAAUAUUAGUUGGCUGUGGGUAAAGGUAGAUAAAAAAAUCUAUUUUUCUCAGUUUUCAUGAUAACACUAGAAACAAGGAACUAUCAGAGGCGAUGGAGUGAAGGCUCACCAAUCUUUGGAAUUCUUCCAAGGCGUUGACUGCGAAUGCGAGCUUCUGUUGUCGGAGUACCACGCGGAGAAGGAAAUCGAACGAAAUAGGCGAAAUCCCAUUUCCACGUUUCGAGUGGGUGUUUUUCAAAGGGAAAAUAUGAAUAUUCACGACGCAAAAAUAUGGAUUUCAAGUGAAGAUCCUCACAAACUUUUUCUCAAAAUUUGAACGUUUUCCAGCUUUUUUUUAAAAGGAAUGUGAUAAAUUUGAGUUUUAUUUGAUUAGAAAAUGUUUUUGUUCCAAUUGGUCAAGGUUUGACGAAAGGAUAAAAUAUUUAUUUUUCCAGGAUUUAUUCGCCAAAUGGCACCUGAGACACGCGAUGAAGCUGGCCUGUGCGACUUUGGUCCUGACUCUUUCUUCUUAUCCGAUUUUGCAAUCUUCCACUUAUUUUUUCCUCAAAUCAGGAGUUCCGGUGUUAGUUAUACUUGUAAUGGAAUGGAAAAAAAAGAUUUUGAUUUUCAUCCCAGCCAAAAUUAGAAAGAUCACAUAGGCAAAGUCGGAAAGAGUGGAAAAAAGCUCUACAGAAAUGUUCCUUUCAGAAUGAAAAGGCUCCCUUUUUUGCUGCCUUUUUGCGCCAUUUCAUCGACUCUUAUGCACCAUUUUUUCAGCCUCUCUCUCUUUCCAUUAUUUCUUGACCCCUCAAAACCCGAGACAAAAUGGGAGGACCCUUUUUACUUCCUUUCUGCAACCUUUCUUGAGCCUCUCCCUUUUAGCGGUCAUUAUCCACGAUUCCGACUUUGCCCGAGUAUAUUAAGCUACGCGAAUUUUCUUGUGUUUCUAAGAUUUGAAGAGUUUUAUAGUUUUAUCAGUAAGUCGAAAGUUGGUAUUCAGCGAAAAUGUAUAAAACUAUAUGAAUUAAUUUAAAGCUCUCGGAAAGUGAUAACUUUAGGGAACUUGCGGAAACCUCAUCGACAGCGAUGAUGAUUGUCUUGACGUUGUCCGCCGUCGUUGGAGCCUCCCUCAUCGACGCCUAUCCGAGAAGAUUCCUCAUCAUUUCUUUCGGAAUCCUUUCUAAUGUUCGUAAAAAUGAAAGUUAUUUGAACAUUCUCUCCCCUCGAAGCUUUUUAGCCUUUAUUUGAGUUAAAAAUUCCUAAAAGUCCAUUUUCUGAUUCCAGUGACCUUUGUAGUGAAUUUAUGUCCCAGAAGCAUGAUAACACUCUCAAAUGAAAAAGAAAACAAUCUCUGUAGGUUCUACUUGUCGCCUUCGCCGUUUUUUCUCAAAUCUCGAUGAGGAAUCAUCAUCAAAAAUGGCCGGUUUAUGCCUGUCUGGCGUCUCUUCUGGCCUACUGUGUCUCUUACGGGUGAGUUUGUGUUUUCUCCGAAGCUGUGAGUUGAAAAAUAACUCGCAAAAUGUUAAUUUUUAGACAUUUUUUUGCUUCGAAGCUAAAAAAAUCAUUUUAAGCUCAACAAAAAAUGAACGGUAAAGUGUUUCAGUAUGGUUCUGGGGCCUGUUUCUUGGUUCGUGGCACCGGAAUUGGUAUCUCAACGGCAUAAAUCGACCAUUUUCUCUGUUUGUUUUGCCAUCCACAACCUACUGAUUGCGCUGACGGAUUUCGCGACCAUUCCUUUGUUCAGGGUUCGUUUUUCAUUUACAAUUGAGAAUAUAUAUCUUAAAAAUAUUGAAGGAAGGUUGAAAAGCUAGUCGAAAUCGGCUGAAAAAAAUAUUCAGCUUAAAUAUAACCUCAGUAUCCAUCAGACCGUUGCCGGUCACGUAAAAAAAGAGAUUGGAUUUUUUUAUAUUGAUUUUGUAUUUUUUAAGAAAAACUCUCUAGUGUGAGCAAUAAUGAGCAAAUGUGAGAUUUCAGACUUUCAAAAUUUCAAUUUAGUUCUCUUGUUUCUUGUGACAAACUUUGGUUGAGAUUCGUUGAAUUUUUGCCGAGAUAUGAACUUUCAAAGCUUUUUACUGUAAUCCGUUGAGCCACCGUAUCUCGCGCGUUCCACAGCAUAUUUGAUUCAGAGAAAAAGUUAUUUUCACGACAUUUUUUUCCAACUAAGCCUAAACCCAAUUGGCGCAGAACAAUUCUCCGCUUAAUGAACUUGGAGGAAAAUCGACUUUUAGAUCAGCUAGUGUAUUUUUUUUGCAACUUUGAUAUUUUAUUGGUGAAAUGGAACAUAAUGAAAAUAAUUCUCUUUCCAAAAAAAAAAAAUAAUAACUAAAGAUCCUUGCAAAUAAAAAAAAUAAUAUUUUGAUGAAUCCAGGUGAUGGGCGGCGUGUCGUUCGUGAUCAUUUUUGUCGUGCCGUCGAUCUUGGCCAUGAUCUACCUGUACCUGUACCUGCCGGAAACACGUGGCAAGGAAACUCACGAGAUCGUCUACGACAUGUUGCAGAGAAACAGCAAAGACUGUCUCCAUUUUUGCGAUACUCCCUCCUUCCAAAUCCGACCCCACGUCUUCACUAUAUCUAACUCUUUGGUUAGAGUCUACUAAUUUCAUUAUUAUAUUCAUUUUUGUUGCACUAAUUAGAGAUCUACUUAUAUCAUUUAAUGCAUGGCCCGUUCUUUGUUAACCUGUAAAUACUCCCAAUUGCUACACUUAAUAAAUUUUCAGAGAUUCUUGGCGAGAUCGGAAAUAUGUGACCUGUUCGAGUUUUCGCCGCCGAUGGGAAAGAUUGAAAAAAAAACUGGAUAA